AUGUCCAUUAAAAUGUCUGAUAAUGAUUCACUAAAUGUUGGUAAUACAUAUAAAGUGGCAAACAAUGGUCAGCUUAUUAAACUAGAUUCAAAUAUUCUUGGUGCUCAAACCUUGAUCGUAACUGAUGAUGAUGGAUCUCUUGAGUCUGUUGAUGAACAACCAACUGCUGCUGUCAUAGAAAAUGGCAACGUAACUGGAAUUGUGAUGAGCAAAACCAACGACACAAACAUUACACAAUAUGAGCUCAGACCAAACAAUAAUGCUACUCAAUUUUUUGUUGUACAACCAAUUAAUGAUUUAUUUACAACUACAACAACUGUUAAAAGACCAAUUGUACCACUCAAUAGUGAAGUGUCCAGAAAACGAGUAGAUCGUACUGUUGUGACAAGGGACGCUAAAAGACGAUUGACACAUAACGAAGUAGAACGUCGAAGACGUGAUAAAAUAAAUCAAUGGAUAAUGUAUAUGAGCAAAAUUAUACCAGAUUGUGCUGAAGAAAACAAAACUAAUUAUGAUAAUCAGAGCAAAGGAGGAAUUUUAGCAAAAGCUUGCGAUUAUAUUAAUGAAUUAAAAUCAACUAAUCAAAGAUUGAUGGAUUGUGUGAAACAAAUGGAAGCUGUUAAUAGGCAUAAUGAUGAAUUAAGAAUGGAAAAUGAAGAAUUGAGAGGAAUCGUAUCACAACAUGGAUUGUUAUCUAAAAGUUUUGUUUCUAGAGAUGGUGACUCGUCAUGA